UAUCGUUAUAUAUUUAUAAAAUGAAAAUCUACCCGCACGGAUGUGCGGGUGAAAAAUCUAGUAUAUAUGUAAGUGUCUAAAUACAUGAUGUGAACUAAUAAGAUAUUUAUAAACUAUUUAAGUGUGGUAGAUUAGUUUGAUUGGUUAAGGUAAACUAUUUUUGGUUAAUCAAGUCGGAUUUCAACCUAAAUAAGAUGAUAUUAAGACUAGUAAUCUGAAUCUAGCAUUGGAACUUUUACUUUUAUUACCUUGUAGUAUAGUUUAAUGGUUUUAGUUAUUACAUCAUCAAUUUUACCAAAAAAAAUUAUUACUACAUCAUGAAACCGAAGCAAAUUAACUAAAAGUAGGAUUAUAACAAUGUCGGUUUUCAAGUGACAGUUUCCUGAGUCAGAUUUUGACCCCACAAAUUAUAGAAAUCAGUAUUAAAACUGCAUAAGAUUUGAAUAAUUAUAAUUUAUAACAAAAUUAAAUUCUAAAUACGAUGUCAUUAACCAACAGAAUAUAUGAAUCAUUUUUUUUUGGACAACAUAUAUGAAUCAUUUAAAGAUGCAGAAACGCCAUAUAGCAUAUCAAUUAAUUAGCAGUGAGAAUUAGACAGUAAUAACACUUGUAAAGAGAAAUAUACAUAUACUGAUAUACAUACAUAGUAUAAAAACUGAAACAGCAUCAUAAUUAAUUAGUUUUCAUAACUACAUGCCGACAAUAACACCUUUUUACGCUCCAAAAAAAAUCAAAUUAGUUUUGUUUUUUUGAAACAAAAAUCAAUUUAAAUUGUGACCAAAGAUAUGGUUCAUGCUACCUCUAUGCAUAUGUACCUAAAUGAUAUGUAUAAUAUUUUAUAAUAGUGUAGUUUAGAUUUCUCGUCAGUUGGUUGGUUGAUAACAAAUUCCUCGUAAAUAAAACUAAAAAUGUUCUCAUAUAAAUAAUAGUAUAUACACUUAAAGACUUUAUUUAAAUCAAGUUGGUGUGUGUCAUGGAGGGCAGGUCCAUAGAUGUUUCGUCCAACACAUUGUUUACCAUUUUGAUAUUCAAGUUUGUUAUUAAUAAAAUGUUUUUUGACUAACCAACAACCCUAUACUUGAAAAUUCUACAUAAAUAUAUAUAACCAACCGCCGCAGUAUUAUUCCACGACUUGCCAAUUAUUUUUGUUCAAACAGCACAUUUCACAAAGAAAAACACAUCGGAUCUUUUCUCAUUCGUUUAUAACUUUUAUCGUCUGUGUUUCUAGUUUUAUGGUGAGAGAAUCAAUGGAGGUUACUCAAUAUCAUCAAGGUAAUUUUAAUAAAGGUUCGAGUUCUAGGGUUUCCAUGAACAAGAAUUCACAAGUAAUAUCCAAGAUCAAGCCCAAGAUUCGCAUCAUCCAUAUAUUCGCACCGGAGGUCAUCAAGACCGACGUCAAGAACUUCCGUUCACUCGUACAAAGUCUAACCGGAAAACCAGCAGCCGUAGAGGUCAAAACCGGUAAAAGGAGUGCCAGACCGAGAAUUCCCACGUCUCAAGAACCGGUUUGCGGAGAUCAUCAGCCGGUUAACAGGCGUACGAGUUUCACCGGUUUAUUAGCAAACGGUGGAAACCAUGAGGUAAAAGAAGAAUGGGGAUCCGGUGAUCAGAAUACUACGAACACAAACACUUACUUUGACCUAGAAGGUUUGAUCCAAGAUGUAGGAGAAGAUUACUUCUCUUCGUUUCCCAUGAGAUCUUCUCCUUCUUCUUCACAAGUUGAAGGGUUCAUCUUCAACAACAACAACACCAGCAACAGCUUCGAUACAAAGGGUCACAAUAUUUCAUAAGUAACCAAAGGUUUUAUCUUCUAGCUAGGCGUUUCUCUGAUCCUUCAAUCGCAUUGGUUGAUGAGAUCUAAUCGUUUGGGGAAUGAAAGCAAACGAAAAUUGUCAUGUUUUUGGGAUUUUCAUUUUGAUGGGUAUGAUGAGAAAAUGAAACUUUUGGUAGACUGACUUUGCCAAGGUUGAGGGUUGUAAUGGAGAGUUUAAUUUAUGUGCAGUCCUUCUCGGAGAAGUGACUGUAUUUAAUCGUCGUGGGUAAAAAACCCAAGUUAUUUUGAUAUGUAACUUCAUUGAUGUGCUACUAUUGGACGUGUAAUAAUUCUUUGGUGUGUGAAUGUGCUUGAUUAUCUGUUGUAUUGUUUCGAGAAAAGUUUGCAUGGUACUUAGAACAGAGAUUAACUAGCUAUAGUGUUUGGUCGUUAUAUAUAAUCGAAUGUGUUACAUAUCAAUGGUUAAAUACAUUUACACAAACAUGUUUCAAAAUGUGAGGAAUUUAAUGUCUAGCUGUAAAUCGUUGCAGAUGUUCAGCAUUAUUUAAUCGUCUUUAUGAUUUUUUCAGCACAAUUUUAUUCAAACGAUUAGAUAUCUGUUUCUACCUUUUGCUCUUUACUUAUAACACCAACUGUUAUGGUUUGCUAACUUUCCUUUGAUCCUCCCUGUCAUAACUAAACCAUAGGUUAAACAGUCUUGGACUCUUGGGUACAUGAAAUUUUUGGUAACAUAUUUAAAUCGUUAACCCAAAGGCCGUGUAAUAUAAAAGUAUAGAACACACCCACAUAUAUAUUCAUCAUCUUAACUAGUUUCUUAGAAUCAUAUGGACAUUAUAAUAGUUGUGUUUUAACAAACUGUAAACGUUCAAACAAUUCGGUUAUCUUCUUUACAUCGAUCUACAUAUAUGUUACUGACGUUAGAGAAAUAGAAGAUCGUGACCACAAUACUAGUAUAUAUCUCAAGGGCCAAAUAGAAGAUGACUUUACAGUAGUAUAUGUGAUGUUAAGAGACUCGUCCAAAUCUAAAUGGCAGAACCCAAACAGUCAUGAUAUAUAACAAAUUAUACAAAGGAUGAUGGUAAAUUAUAUCUUACUCAAAUAUUUUGUGAGUUAGAACAACCUCAAAUGGUUGAGUUCUUAACUUGGGUAUCUAAAUAAAAAAUUAUUAUUAUUCUAGUAAAUAAUUAAAAUCUAAAUUAAAAUGAAAAAAUAGAACCAAUGAAAAAUAGACGCAAAAGCAAACGAGGUUCUAUAGAGGUUCUGAAAAAUUCUAUUUUUAGAUAAUUUUGAUUUCGUAUUUACUUUUUCUUUUUAAUAUUCUUUUCGUAUCACUUUAAAUGGUGUUUAUAAAUUUUUAUUUUGUUUCAUAAUAAGUCAUGUUUUCACAAUUCUAAAUAAAAUUUAAUAUCAUUUGAAAUUUGUGAUCGAUUACAAAAUAUUACUCACUUUGUUCUUAAAUAUAAGAUGUUUAUGUAGAAACACACAUAUUAAGAAAACUAUCUUUUGUCUAGAAAAUAUCAUUAAAACUAUAAAUUAAUGGUAUUAAACCAAUUACAAAAUAGACAAUUAAAAUAUGAUUAGGUACACAAUUUUUAAUAAAGUAAAAAUUACCUUAAAAAAUGAAAACAUCUUAUAUAUUGGAACAUCAAAAUUUUGUAAAACAUCCUAUUUUUAAGAACAAAAGGAGUAUAUUUUUUAUUAGUUGAAAUAGUUUUAUCUAAUGUUAUCUUAUGUAACCAAGAUAAAUUGUAUAAAAAAUUAUAUUUUUUUAAAUUUUUGUGUAAAAAUCUUAAACAUCAUUUAAAAUGAUACGGAGUAAGUAUUAAAUUUUUUAGAACUCUCGCCUCCUAGUACCUUUGUUGGAAGCGUUCUUAUGUUCCAUUUGUUCAAUGAGCCUGAAUCUGAUCAUAUUUGGAAAAUUGACGAUUUCAAACCUAGCUUUUCUAGGUCUAGAAACGUUCGUGUUACUUCAAAUAAUACGAUAGCCAAAUUAAUUCGGUUUGGUUUCCCAAAAGGUAAAA